GCAAUUUCUCUCUGCCCUCCCCCAUUGCCAAAAAUGACAAGAAUCUUACUCUGAAAAAGCACUCUAUUUUGAACUCUAUUUUGCUGCUCUCCUUACUCCUUUCCUUUCUUGCCCACACAAAGAAUCAACAUGGGUUCUUUCUAUCUUCAGAUUUUGUUUUCUUGGAAAGAGCUCCCGUGAAGCUCAUGUACUUGAAAGCGUAUGGGGAGGGCAAGCAAGAGAUCUGUGAAAGUGAAAGAAAUCACACGAUUUUGACAGUAAAUGCAGCAGCGUGUUGCCUCUUGAGAUGAGAUUCAGUUUAUUGCGGUGCUUUCUAACCUCACUUGUUUCUUCUGUGAAUUUUGUGUGAUUGUUAAUUUUUUUUUGAAAUUAAUGACCCGGGCAUGCAAUGUUCUCACCUCUAGAUAAGAAAAUGAGCAUUAUGGCGUUUUCAACAGAAAAGAUAGAAUUUUUAUGAUUGAACACAAAAUGGGUUCUUGAUUUUUGUUGUUGUAUUUUUUUGGAUAUGAGUAGGAAUGGUGAGGGGUUAAUGGCCUGAAAUGACUAGCUGCUAGCUAGUAUUAGUUCUUUUGUAGAAUUUCUUCAUUGCUUGGUGAUUGGAUUUGGUCAUUAUUAUCCGUAUAGAAAAUGUAUAGAGACAGGAUAGUGACAAUACUAUAAAUGAGGUUUUGUUGUUGCUGAAUGCAUGCGGAUCAUGACCAAAAAGAUAGUCCGCGACGGGGUACUGAAUGAUGUGAAUGAUGGUACAAACAUUGGUGACCAUUUGAGGAAUCACAUACAUUUAACCAAUUGUAUUCAUCUGAAGAACCAUAUGCAUAAUAAGCAAAGCCCUAUAUUGUCUGAUCGGUCCGUCAUGAGGGAUCUUGCCAUCCUUCAGAGAUCAAGAUCCUUGAGGGAUCCUUCCGCAAGCCCCCCACCCCUGUGGCAGUCUCCUCCAGCCCCUGUAAGAAAUGGCAGACAUUCUGUUGGCACAGACUGCCCACAAUAUGAGGUUCAUAGAUCAUCUUCUUCUAAAGUUGAUAAAUACAGUAGUGGGAGUAGCAAGAGUAGUGGUAGUCAGGAACGGGCGAGAAGCGUUAGGAGAGAUAAGAGUAUCAAGCAAAGUGGAAGGCGCGUUCAAGAGGAUCGCAUGAGGACUCUCUCAGAGCAACUGCACUGUGAUGAGGUGGACUCAUCCAGUCAGAAUCUUGCAAUGGAAGCAAAUAUCCAUAGUACAUACUGUAACAGGAGAGUAAAACGGCGUCCCUUUCGAGGUUCCAGAAGAACCCGAGUUUCAGGUCCUCCCAGAGAUGCUUCUAAUUCUCUAGCUAAAUGUGUGAUUCAUGUGGCAGGGGAGGAAAGUGCAGAUAAAAGAAUCACCAGGGCCCCUAGGAAUGGAUGUGGAAUUCCUUUGAACUGGUCAAAAAUCCACGACAGAAGCAAAUCAUUUUUGGACAUGGCUGGGAGGAGCUUCUCUUGUGGUUUGUCUGAGUCAAUGUUAAAGAAAGAUAAAGACAUUGCAGCUAUUCAUGUAUCAUCUGAGUACACAGAUUCUUCUUCCGGUAAGUCUACGGAGGCAUUGCCUUUACUAUUUGAUGAUGAUGCUUCUUCGGUCUCUCUGGGAAGUAAAGACAACAACGUUGCUUGGGCUCAUGAUUAUUCGGGAGAUUUGGGUGACUUUGCUGAUGAUCUACUGAUGAAACACAAAACUGUAAGGCACCAAAGUCUUACCCAGAAAUAUAUGCCUAGGACCUUUAGAGAUCUGGUGGGCCAGCAUUUGGUCACACAAGCCCUUUCCAAUGCAGUUUCCAAGAGCAAGGUGGGGUUACUUUAUGCCUUCUAUGGGCCCCAUGGCACUGGGAAAACUUCAUGCGCCCGCGUAUUUGCUAAGGCUUUAAAUUGCCAAUCUCCGGAACAUUCCAAGCCUUGCGGGAUUUGCAACUCAUGCAUUGCAUAUGAUACGGGGAAGAAGAAGAGUUAUCAUAACAACGUAAAGGAUCUUCUUGACAGUAUGAUAAUUGCUGCUCAUCUUCCAUCCCGGUACAGAGUGUUUAUUUUUGAUGAUUGUGAUGCUUUGUCCGCUGAUAGUUGGGGUGCUAUUAUAAAGGCUACUGAUUGUGCACCGAGGUGUUUUGUUGUUAUCCUCAUUUGUUCAAGCCUUGAUUUGUUGCCUCAUAUGAUCAUAUCAAGGUGCCACAAGUUUUUUUUCCCAAAGUUGAAGGACGCAGAUGUAAUUUAUGCAUUGCAGUGGAUUGCAACCAAAGAAGGUCUAGAAAUCGACAAGGAUGCACUUAAGCUUAUAGCCACAAGAUCAGAUGGAUCUUUGAGGGAUGCUGAGAUGACCCUUGAGCAGCUGAGCUUGCUCGGGCUGAGAAUCUCUGUUCCUUUGGUCCAAGAACUGGUUGGGCUUAUUUCUGAUGAGAAGUUAGUAGAUCUACUAGACUUGGCAUUAUCGGCAGACACAGCCAAUACUGUGAGAAAUUUGAGAGAGAUAAUGGAGUCUGGGGUUGAGCCUUUGGCUUUAAUGUCACAACUUGCUACGGUCAUUACUGAUAUUCUUGCUGGAAGCUAUGAUUUCACUAAAGACAGUCACACAAGGAAGUUUUUCCGGUAUCAAGCAUUAUCUAAAGAAGACAUGGAAAGAUUACGUCAGGCCCUUAAAACAUUAUCCGAAGCAGAAAAACAGCUCAGAACAUCAAAGGACCAACUUACCUGGCUUACAGCUGCUCUACUGCAGCUUGGUCCUGACCAACAGUACAUCUUACCCAGUUCUUCUGCAGCUACUAGCCUAAACCAAAGCCCCACAAACGUAAAUUAUGCCGGUAUAAGGGAGAGACCCAGAAAAAGUAAUGGUGAACGUAUUGAGAUUCUUCCGGAAGAACGAGGGUUGUCAACAAAUAUUAGGGAGGAGAGAUAUCAUCAAGUUAAAAUACAGGAUGACACUGAAGAAAUUUGGGUGGCUGUGCUAAAAAAGAUUCGUAUUGAUAGCUUAAGACAAUUCUUGUAUCAGGAAGCAAAGUUGGUCUCUGUUCGUUCUGGAACAGCUCCCACGGUGCAACUAAUGUUCAGCUCUCACACAACAAAAAAUAGGGCGGAAAAAUUUAGAGUACAUAUAUUACAAGCUUUUGAGUCUAUAAUUGGAUCCCCCGUGACGAUUGAAAUCAGAGUUGACAUGUCAAGAGAUGAUGAUACAAGGGCAGGGCCAGUUGCCAUGCACGCAUCUCAGGAUGAUUUAGAAAUGAGUGAGGUUAUUGAUGAACAUGUUGAAAAUGUCCGAUUCAAUAGGCGGAGUUUGGAAAAUGAAAUUGUUGAAGGGAUAAGUUCAGUUUCAGAUGUAAGAAAAAGGGGAGAUGGAAAUCAGAAUCUGAGACUGGUGAGAGGAAAGCCUUCUGUUGCUCAGCAAGAGGAAGGAAGUUCUCAAGAGUGUGGAUGGUCUAAACACAAGGCUGUUUCUAUUGCUGAAAAGCUUGAACAAGAGAAUCUGAGACUGGAACCAAGAUCACGAAGCUUGCUUUGCUGGAAGGCCACACCACUUUCACGCCGACAGCUGUCACGCUUCAGAUGUAGAAGUCGGAAGCCAAAAGGUUUACUGAAAUUGGUCUCAUGUGGGAAAUGCCUCUCUGGUAGGUCUCCAAGGCAAUGCUAGAAAAUCACGGUGCCAGAUUCAUAUGCAGGUUUCAAUUGUAUUUCAUUGAUUCAUUAAUGUCCUUCCAUUCUGAGAAGUUAAGUUCCUUCUGUUAAUAGUUUUUCUCACUGAUAAUAACAUAGAAGGAUUAACUUAGAGCAGCAUUAAAGCUUGUAUUAGUUAGUUUUAACUUGUAGGGCUACCCCGGCUACCUCGAGAAAUAUAUUUAUUGUCAGUUU